UUUGGUGAACCGAUAAUUUAGUUAAUUUCAAUUUCAAGUAUGUGGUACAAAAGAUUGCCACCAAUACCAGCUCAAAAAAUCUAAACUUUCAAUGUUAAGAAUCUCAAAAAUCAAACAUUAUGCUGAUUACAACAAGUUUAGAGCAACGUAAGUGUCAACUAAUUUCGAACUGAUGAGAAAGUAGUACGUGAGUUUCCAGUAUUAUAUAAUAUACACAAUUUUUCCACAUUAUAUGCAAAAUUGGAUCACAAGGCCAACCAGCCCCCACUCUAUGCCAAGUUGUCUCCCUUUCCUAACACUUUCCCUAAGAUUUUCCAAUUUCCACUCUAAUUAAACUCUCUUGAAUUGUCUUCUUCUUCCAAGAUUUGCAACAACUUAGACAAGAAUCUUUUUUGCUACACAAGUCACAAAGACAGCACAGAUAGAUCUCCUUUGUGCUGUCCAGUUGACCCAAAAAAAAAAAAAAAAAAAAAAAAAAAGCCAAAUUAUUAAGAUUAAAAAAUUAAUCUGAUUUCUUCAAAAAUUAGCAAGGAAAGUCUACUAGUAUAAAAGGCACAUUCAUUGCCAUGCAGGUUCUUCAGUGGUUAUUCAAGGUUGCACAUGAUCAAAAACAGGCUGAUGAUCUCUCCAAGGUAAGGGAACCAUCAAAGGAGGUAAUUUCUUACAAGAGAAAAAGAGAUCUUAACAAGGUUCGAAAACCCGAAGAAACGUCCCUAGACUGUAAGAACUUAAGGUACAUAGGUUUGUUACUUAGGAGAGGUAACUCAAGAACAUAUUUUUCUAGGACACUUAAUCAGAAUAUAUUAAGCAGCCUUAACCCGAGGCUAACACAGCAACAACGACGAUAUAUUUUAUCAAUGAAGAUGAAGGAAGAUCUGAUUCGCGGUCUAGGAAAACAUAAUCAGAAGGCAGAUCUAAGUUCUCAUGCUGGAAAUAAGGUCUUGCCAAUUAGUGAUUCGACGAAUUCAUCAUCAACAACAACAAUAAGCAGCAAUGCAGAUGAGAAGCAGCAUUGCAGACAGUCUGAUCAGAAGAAAGACAGAUCAAAUAAAGGAGAUGGUAAUAAAAAUAAGACGAUUUCGAGGAUGAAGGAGCUUUUGAGAUGGGCUGCUGCUGCUAAAUCUGAAAAGGGAGGGAAAUUCGGAAAAAAGGUCAUGCACUUCAGGAAUAAAUCAGCGACGGUAAAAUCAGGAGGUUUUGAUGAUGAAAUAACAAAUGAAUCUCCAAAGAUUAGUAUAGCAUGGGAAGUACAGAGUUAUUCCACUACUUGUUCUGCAGCUUCAGCUCCUCCUUCGAUCAAGUACGAUGAAUUUGCUCGUAAGACGGGGAGUUGGAUCACAACAGAUGAUGAAUUUGUCGUGCUAGAGCUAUGAAGAGCGGACAAAAGAGGCAAAUCGAGUAUCAUUAGCUUAAAUAAGAUCAAAGGUUAUUCAGUACCCGUAAAAAAAAAAAAAAAAAAAAAAAAAAAGAGGGUAAUUUAG